AUGGGCAUUAUUUUUCCUUGUAUUGAUGGUGGAAAAACCGGUUUGAUUCGUACAGUGGCUUUUGGUUACCAUGUUGAUCCAGCACAAGUGACUAUCGUCUCUCAAAUGAAUAAUUUUGGGCAAGGAGCUUAUGAAGUCAUAUUUCCUGGUCUCAUUACACCCAUUCGUUAUGAUCGUAUGGGCACUGUCUUCAUGCGCCAUGCGAGUGCACCUCCAUUACCUCAUGUACAGGCCAAUAAUGCCACUCCUGAAGGCACACCAUCAAACCAUCCAGUCAUUCAAUAUGCAGUAUCCUAG